AUGAUGGAGGCUGUAGUGCAGUUAAGCACGAGUCGGGGAGCGAUUCUUGUGCGGAUUGUUUACUCGGUUUCAUCUAGGGCGACUACUCGCACCUCUCCGUGUCGCUCGCUGCCUGUGCGUCCUUGCUGUAUCGUGUAUGGGAAGGCAUUUGUGGCCAAUGGAUUGUGCACGGAGAAGCAAGAGGAGACUCUUGCUGCAACUGCUGCUGUGCAUACUGUUCCUUCGGAUGUUAAGGAGGAGGUUGGAGGCGGUGAUGAUGCCGAAGAUCCAUCGAUGUCGAAGCCGGCCUCAUCGUCUCGUGGGAUGAUGGCACUGUCAUCGGCUUGUGCCGGAAUGUCCGUACUGAUGUAUGCACGUCAGGCAGUGCACAAGUUUAAGCCAGGGCAGCAGCUUGUGCAGUCGGAGUGCAACAGUACCGAUUGUAGAAGGAGAGAUAUAGUGGCGAAGAAGCUGUGA